GCCUGUCACUUGCGCAUGCGCAGUCCUGCCACUCUGACCUUCAUAGGACUAACCAUGUUCUCCAGGAGCAGCGCGUUGAUCUUCCACCCACAAUGUGGGCAGGUCAGGAACAUGGCUACCCUGAAGGACAUCACCAUUCGGUUGAAGUCCAUCAAGAACAUCCAGAAAAUCACAAAGUCCAUGAAGAUGGUGGCCGCUGCUAAGUAUGCUCGUGCUGAGAGGCAGCUGAAGCCGGCCCGCGUCUACGGCACCGGUGCUUUGGCUCUGUACGAGAAGGCCGAGAUCAAGGCGCCCGAGGACAAGACCGCCAAGCAUUUGAUCGUUGGUGUGACUUCCGACCGUGGUCUCUGCGGCGCCAUCCACUCCGGUAUUGCCAAGGCCAUCAAGCUCGAGAUCGGCAACCUGACCGCCGCCGGCAAGGAAGUGAUGGUGGUCAAUGUGGGAGACAAGCUGAGAGGCAUUCUGCACAGAACUCAUGGCAAGCACAUCAUGCUGAACUGCAAGGAAAUCGGCCGCAAGCCCCCCAGCUUUGGUGAUGCCUCCAUCAUCGCCAGCGAGCUGCUCAACUCUGGAUACGAGUUUGACCAGGGAGCUGUCUACUUCAACAGAUUCAGGUCUGUUAUCUCAUACAAGGCGGACCAUAAGCCCCUGUUCUCCAAUGAAACUGUUGCUAAUGCAGAGAGCAUGGGUAUCUAUGAUGACAUUGAUGCCGACGUGCUGAGGAACUACCAGGAGUUCGCCAUGGUCAACAUCAUCUACUUGGCUAUGAGGGAAGGCUCCACCGCUGAGCAGAGUGCCAGGAUGACUGCCAUGGACAGCGCCAGCAAGAACGCCUCUGAGAUGAUUGACAAGCUGACCCUCACCUUCAACCGUACCAGACAGGCCGUCAUCACCAAGGAGCUCAUUGAGAUCAUCUCUGGAGCUGCUGCUCUAUAAACGGAGCGAGACCAUAGUUUCCAACGACUAUAACUCUUCAAAGUACUUCAGACAGUUGUUGUCAAGAGUCUAUGAACAUUUGUGCUUCUAUUUGUAAAAUAUAUGGAGAAAAUAAACCUCUUACAGAGAA